AUGUCAAUAUCGGAAGUUGAAAAAUCUCAUUUAUUGGGAGGCUAUUUGAAUUCUUAAUCUUCAUUACUUGUUUUCCUUGGACUCAAAGAAGCUUAGAUAGAUUAAGUCCAAUAACUAGCUCAAUUUAUUUAUCAAGUUUCCUUUAAAAAUACUAAUAAAAAGAUCGUGCUUCAUACUAAAUCUAAAGACAACCUAGUAGCUGGACAUUCAAUAGAAAAGGAAUUUGUGAUAGCAUAAAAAUUGUCCGCUGUGAAUUUCCCAGUCACUAGAGCUUUGUUUUACUGCGCUGAUCAGACAAUAUUGGGUGUUCCCUUUUAUGCAACAGAAUACAUAGAGGGAAGACUCUUUUCAGAUCAAAAUUUGAUGGGGAUGUCAGCAGAAGAAAAAAGAGUGAUAUACCAAGAAGUAGCAAAAGCCCUAGCUCAUUUACAUUCAAUUAGCUUAAAUUACUUGGGACUCGGAUAAUUGGAAUCAGAAACUAGCCACUAUUAAAUCAUUAAUUAGAAAUUGUAUAAUCAUUAUAAAUUAAAUGAGACCAAGAUUUCAACUAAUAUAGAAGAUAUAUUAUAUUGGUUGCCAUUGAAUUUACCAGAGAAAUCUGAAUUAGAUAAUCUUUGCUUAGUGCAUGGAGAUUUCUCAUUGUCUAAGGUUCUAUUUCAUCCCACAGAACCACGAAUUCUAGCUAUUCUAGAUUGGCAGACAGCACAAUUAGGAAAUGCAUUUACUGAUCUCGCCAGCUUUUUGACUCCAUAUUACAUCCCAUAUUCCAAUGGAAAAUAUACUAUAGAUGGAUGGGCAGGAGUGGAAAGAUUGAUUGGUGCUCCCAAUUUAUAAGAAGUUGCUAAAUCAUACUUUACAGCUAGAUCAACUCAAACAAUCCCAGACAUUCGAUAUCAGAUUAUAUUGGCAAUUUUGAGAAAGUCUAUUGAAGAAUAAAUUCGAUUUAAACAAACAAAAGACAUCAAGCAUCAAUCCAAUUCAGAAUUCUUAUCCAAAGCUGGAUACUAAAUUGUAUUAGAUCUAACCGAUGGAGAUCCAUAUGGUAUCAAGAUGAGAGCAGCCAAUGAUAGUUCAUUAUGGUCUAAGUGGCCAGUAACAGAUAGAUGCAAAAGUUAUUAUUAUAGAAUAAAGGAUUUUUUGAAGGAAGAGGUGUUCCCUAUCGAAAAGUUCAUUUUAGAUAAGUCACGUGUAAUGCCAAAUACUACUUAGAAUAAAGGAUUCCCAGAAAUAGAAGCUUUGUAGAGGAAAGCUAAAUCGCUUGGAUUGUGGAAUUUAUUUAUUUCUGACCCGAUGUAUGGGAAAGGUCUCACAAAUCUAGAGUAUGUAUUCUUAUCAGAAUUGAUGGGACUCAGCUAUUUGGCUCAUGAAAUCUUUAACUGUUUUGCUCCAGAGACUGGUAACAUUAAACUCUUGAUUGGAUAUGGUACACCAUAUCAGAGAGAAAAGUACUUGAAACCAUUAAUGGAAGGUGAAUGUAAGUCCUUCUUUGCUAUGACUGAGAAAAAUGUAUCUUCAUCAGAUCCCAAUAAUUUUAAAUUCACUAUUACUCCAACCGAAGGAGGCUAUGUAAUUAAUGGAGGUAAGUGGUUUGUUUCAAGUGCCCCUGAUGAAAGGGUGAAAUUUGGAAUAAUAAUGGGCAAAUCUUCUUAAGAUAUGUCAAAUCCAAUGGAAUCAUAGUCUAUGAUAAUAGUAGAUAUGCCAAAUCCUAAGAUUAAGAUAUUGAGAUAAGUGGGAGUCUUUAGUUACUAUGAUGUUCCGCACAGUUAUGCUGAAGUGGAAUUCGAUAAUGUUUUCGUGCCUAAAGAGAACUUACUAGGUUAAUUAGGCGGGGCAUUUAAAAUGGCAUAGGGUAGGUUAUUAGGAGGAAGACUGCAUCAUUGCGUUAGAUAGAUUGGAUUGACGAGAAGAUGCUUGGAUUUGAUGAUGAGUAGAGCAGAAUAGAGAGUUAUGUUUAAGUAAAAAUUGAAAGAUAAUGCUGCAUUCUAGGAGAGAUUAGGACAAGUGGAGAUCGCCUUUUAAAAUUGCAGAUUACUAAGUCUAAAUGCUGGGUUGUUGUUGGAUUCAGCAGGAUCCAAACACCUUCAUACAUUCAUGGCUGUAAGUUAAUGUAAGGCACAUAUUCCUAAAGCAUGUCAAAAGAUGAUAGAUUAAUGCAUCUAAGCUUUUGGUGCUGAGGGAGUCACUGAAGAUUAACCUUUAGCUAUUUCAUUCCGAUUCGCAAGAGCAAUUAGAUUUAUGGAUGGACCUUGUGAAGUUCAUUUACGAUAAAUUGCCAGAUUCGCAUAUGGUAAUCACCUGUUUAAUGAUCUGAAUAAUGCUCAAGGAUACGGAUUGGCUAAGUUAUGAUAUAUUCAGUUUGUAACAAAUAUAAGUUAAAUACCAAUUUUUUA